CAAAACAACUUAAGUGUAACUGCGACAAACGUGAGAGCGGUUUUAUUCGGUAGUUUUAACAUUAAGCCCAGUUUUGCUCUUUAUUUUCUCCUUUAAAGGUUUAUUGGCUCUUCAUAUAAGUCUUCGUCACGUGUACCCAACACUUAAAUUAUUUAGAGCUGAUGUCACAAAAAGCGACGUUUUCCACCGGAAAACACCGCACGGUUCUGCGAAAGGUGACGCGUGUUUCGGCCGUCAGGCCUGAUAAAAUCGGUUUUUCACCUGAGAAAAAUGAGGAAAUGGAAAAUGAAACUCACAGAGAGCUUAGUAGCUGACAGCGCCGAUCACAUGAGCUUCCUGUGUUUAUGUCCUACAGGCACGAGCUGACCUCAAACGUCGUCUUUACUCCGACAAACUCUCCAUGGACGGAACUCCGGGGUUCUGACCCCAAAAAUACGCCAGGUGAGUUUCUGUCGAACCCUUUCAGAGCACAGAAGAGCUGCAGGAUAGUAUAAUCAAGGUUGUUGUUAUUUUUACAGCUUCAAUUUGACUGGUUAACAGAGUUCAUUUCCAUUUUACACCUCUAAACGGUGAACUAAAGAUAGAAAAAGCUAAAAUGUUUUAGUCAAGUCAAGAAAAAGUAACUUAAAAAGCAUUUUAUUGAAAUCUGAGUAAAACUGCCAUCUAUUGUUCGGCUUGAGUAAAAUACCCAAUUUAAGUAAGUACUGAGUACUCUGGUAAGUCGGUGUUGUUUUGAGUUUGCAUCUAGUUCAGGGUAAAGUUAUUAGGUGUUUCUGUAGCAGCUUUUGUCAGAUUUAUUUCUGCAGGUAGGAUUUGAACUUUCACUCAAUAAUUCAAACUUAACUGGCUGUAAAUGUUGUGAGCUCAGUACAGUUAAAAAAUUAUUUCAGGAGCUUAUCGAGGACAAUUUGACUUGAAAUAUCUUGAAAUAAGAGCUGAGCUGUUAGGUCAGAGCAGCAUCCGUCAAGUGUACUAUAAUACUUUGAUGAGAAAAAGGACAAAUUUAAUCUGUAACAUUUCAGUUUUCUAAAGUUAGAUGUUGAUUCAGUCAGCCGGGAAGUUUGUGCGAUUUAUUUUACUCAGUAACUGAUGCUGCGUGAAAUGUAGUGAAGAACAGCACUUUCAAGUACAGUUACACAGAGAAACUGCUUGAUUACAGUGUUUGGAGUAAAUACCGAAGUUGCUCUCCACCCUGUUUCUCAGUUCGCUUCAGACCUGCUGUGUGGGGAUUCCCGGUCUCUAUGUAAAUGGCAGAUGGGUGAUUUAUUUGCAGAAACGUGCUUUAUUUGCUGUUAUUUUGACUAUUAAUGAGCUGCUUUACAUGAUUAUCAGCAGUUAGUGUUUGGUAAAGGUCAGUGGAGGUCUAAGCUUCCCUGUGCGGGGGCUUCCCAGCUUUACUGUGAAACUCCCGUCCUUUGCUUGGAAAACAUGUGAAGCUCCUCCCAGCCAGCCAAGGCCGGGCUUCUCACUUCAUGAAGCAUCAGUGUUUAUCACAAGCCUCAGAUGAGCAGAGCAUGACCGACUGUGAGCUCUGAAACUCUGAACUCAACAGGAACAUGUCUGCAUCCUGACUGCCUUAUGUUUUAUUUCAGAACGAGCUGCUAAAGCUGAGAAAGAUGGAUUACACAUAUGAAAACAGAGUGGAACUGCUGUUGGCUCACAUGAACAUAGGGGACUUCAUCACAGCGGCAGAGAGACUGUAUCAACUGGAGGAAGUGGAGGAGGAAGAGGACGGGGGCUUGUCUUUUGACGAGGGAAGUCUCUCCCCAGAGGAGAUGGAUGAGAAUGAGGAGGUGGGGGACCUGGUGGUCUCUGGGGGUCAUCAGGAUGACUUCAGGGCUGAUGAGAUUGGAGGUGUUCGGUAUGGGACAGUGACAGACCUGCUGUCCUUUGUUAACCUGCUCUCCAACAUGCAGGCGGCAGCUCUGCAGAAACUGCCUGAGGAGAUGGGAGUCCUGCUGAACAAGGUAAGAAAUAGAGACGGAUCAAAGUUUGUUUGUCCAACACCAGCCCAAGAAAACAGGAGAACUUAAAAUCAUAUUUGAUCUUUCCUUGCAGAAAUACAUGACUGUGAAAAAAGGCCGCUAUCAGGUGAACAUGGAUGUGCUCCUGUUUCCAUGGAAACUGACCUACAAAUAUCACAGCUCUGGCCUCGUGCCAAAGGGCUCGUUUGGGAAAGUCCACUUGGCUCAGGACUCAAGUACCAGGAAGAGGAUGGCAUGCAAACUGGUGAGUAAACAGUGUCUGCAGAGACUGGAGCUCUCAAAGCUUCGCACCUUUACACCUGCAGAUGCCCAGGAUCUCACCUGAAAAGAGCUGCAUGUUUUAACAGCCUUUCCUGUUUGUUCAGUGAAAGUUAAAGUCAGAAUAAUAUUUUGAUUCUUUCACUUUUGAGGAAAGAGGAACAGCACUAAACAGAAGAACCCCCUUUUCCCACAAACACUCAAAAAGAGCAAAGGUCACUGCAGGAACAGGAACUGAAGCGCCCCACGUGAGGAGGAGCUCAAUGAUAGAGGGUUUACUCUUUCUCACAUGGAAAAUAUUGACCAGUGACAGAGGAGUUUGCUGCCCACUCUGCUGUUGGCAUCAGCUUGCAACGUUGACAGAGUGUUUUGUACACAGUGUUAAAAAUACACUGAGGGGAUUGACUGAAAAUUAGUUCAUGUGCUUCAUAUCUUAUUUACGGCAGAUCUGCAUGUCAGCAGAUAGUUUUGGUCUGUUAAUGUUAAAUAUCACUCUAUGUGGUCAACAUAACUAACGACUGAAAUCAGAAGCAAAUAGACCAACGGCCUCUCUGGAUGAACAAAAGACUGUUUUCCCAUCAGUGUACAAAUUCAACAGUUAAACACCUUUUGUAAGUGCUUUAGGUGUUUUUUUUUUACUGUCACACACACACUAGCUGUUUGUCUGCAUCACUAAUGCUCAUAUCCUGAUCAUACAGAAAUCUGAAAGUGACUGAAACAUUAAAAAUAAUUAGCAGGAUACUUGAAUAUCCGGCGAGCAGCCAGUGCUCAUUUAAAAUCUGCGUCUUCAUGUGAAACAUCAGACUUAAUCCAAGCUGAGCCAUGUUUCAGUGCAUGUGUUUUCCUCUAUCUUUACCCCCACAGAUUCCUCUGGAGAAUUUCAAAGCUGCAGACGUCGAGUUUCAGGUUCGAUUUCGCCACGAGAACAUUGCUGAACUGUAUGGCGCUCUGCUCUGGGAUCAGAGUGUCCACCUGUUCAUGGAGGCUGGAGAGGGCGGCUCGGUCUUAGAGAAGCUAGAGAGCUGUGGGCCAAUGAGGGAGUUUGAGAUCAUCUGGGUGACCAAGCAAGUCCUGCGGGGUCUAGAGUACCUGCACUCCCACAAAGUCAUCCACCAUGACAUCAAACGUAAGAGUCAAAACACUUUCCACUGAAUUUACUGUGCUGCGCUGUGGCAGAGAAAACGAAACCCUCUUUACAUCAAAGUCAAACCACAGACAGAUAAAGUUCUUCAUGGGCAUCUCAAGUGCCAAGAAGGAAAGAGAUGAAUAAGUCAAGACUACCACAAUCCAAACAUAAUACUGAAAUGUAAAACUGAGAAUCAUUGAGUUUUCAAAUGUCUGCAGUUCGCUCUGACACAAAUAUCAUCCUUUCUUCCUGUGACCUAACUAUUCAGGUCCAGAAAAAAAUGCUGGCAGCGUGGGAGGGGGGGCAGCUGGGGUUAGAUGGAAAGUAGUUUCACAGCGGUCUGGUCAGAUGCGUGCCUCUGGGAUCAAAGUGAGCUGUGUGUCAGCAGGAAGGCUUGAGGGCUGUUUGUUGUCUGGAAACUCCAGCCGUCCUCUUCUUGUGCUCUCAACGUUAAUUUAGGGUCCACAGAAGUGAGUGACAUACCACAACCUCCAGCUUGGCCCGUGACAAGUGGCUGUGGUUGUCAGCGUUUCCUGUCAGCCAUCAAAAACAGGAAUUUGACCUCAGGUUUCAAACUGCGAAGAUGAGUUUUUCACCAAAGGCUGCCCUUAUAUUAUCUGUGGAACUCCUUUGCUAAAAGCAUGAACAUGCCUGGACUCCUUUUAAAUUGUCUUUUCCAUAAACACGGUUUUAGCUAGCUGUUUUUGUUGGAAGUGUUACCUAUUGUUCCCUCACAUGCUAACCUGCACAUCAGUGACAGUUUUUCUGCAGCAUGCAUGAAUCAAAGCUGUCUGUCUCUGCAUUCUUCAGCAAGCAACAUAGUCCUGAUGUCGGAUAAGGCCGUUCUGGUGGACUUCGGCCUGUCAGUGCAAAUGACUGAGGACGUUUACAUUCCCAGAGACCUGAGAGGAACAGAGGUGAGAAAGAAACUUAAAUCAAGUUAUAAAUACUAUCAGUACCGAAGCAGGGUGACUUGAGGUCCUUGUGACUUUUUCGUAGAUUACGGUCCAUUUGCUCUUAACAAAAGGUCAAACAACAUGAUGUCAAAGCUAACGUAAACAAACUAAGUAUCUGUGCUCUGCCAUUUAAUUUGUAGAAACUCAUUCAAUAAAACUCCUAAUCAUCUAUCAAAACUUUCUUUUUUAACUGCCAGUCUUCUGAAGUUUAUGGCUGUAGAAAAACCCUCAACUCACUAAGGUGCUGACUCACUUGUAUGAUUUAACGACAAAUACUUUGUUUCGCCAAAUGUCACUGCUGUAAAAUUUGACCCUAUGGUGGGUUUUAUUCAGACUGACUUCAGGCUAAAAUAACAGAAACCCUGAAGUAUGAAUACGAAUGCCAAGAGGACCCAGGUUUUAUUGGUCUUUACAUGUAGAGCUUUAAAAGCUAAAAUGUAAGUCUGUGAUUGAUUAAUCGAUCCAACCGAUCAAUCUGUUUUUGGUCCAAUCAAUAAUUAAAGUGGGUUUUUUGAGUGUGUUGUUACUAAAAGCAGCACUUCACUGAGUCUGGGUUAAGGACAGACCUCAGUCUGACAGGAUAAAGACUAGCGAGCACUCCUCCUUGCUGAUGGGGGAGUGGUGCACUCAUUGACUUUAAAGAAGCUGGUGAGAACCUGCUGAAGCUUUGGGUUCUCACGGUACUUGUAAUUAGCAGCUGUGGGAAAUUUUUUUAAUUACUAUAUGAGAUUUCCUACAAGGCUUUUCUCCCUUCAUGCAUCUGUCUAGCUUUACCAUAUGUUGGCCUGUCAGUUUGUUGUGGUCUUUGUCCAUGCUCUCUUGGCCUGUCAUGGCUCAACUCAUGGAAAGUCCCAGCAGUAAUGAUAAGACAGGCAGAACAAGCAGAGACACUCAGCUGCACAGACUGAUAUUAACAGAGGAAAACAGGCUGGAAUUUCCAGCAGAGAAGAGCUGGGAGUGUUUACUCUUCACACCAAAAGCUAACUGCCUUUACCGCAACACACAGCCAGAGGUUAGCUCCAUAGUUUGCUUUCAUAGCAGGACGUGUCACUCCGUUUGUUAUGAAAUACUUACAAAUAUGGUGGUAAAACUAUUAAAAUGGACAUACUUAAACUCUUCUCCAACUCGACUCAGCUGUUGUUUCUAAUUCUUCUUCUGCUGCCCUGAUUUAUCCAGAUGUACAUGAGUCCAGAGCUGGUUCUAUGUCGGGGACAUGGUACAAAGACAGAUAUCUACAGCCUCGGGACCACCAUCAUCCACAUGCAGACUGGGAGUCCUCCAUGGGUCAGGAGAUACCCACGCACGGCAUACCCAUCUUAUCUCUACAUUGUAAGUGCUGUUCUUUUGGGGUUCAGCUGGUCCUGUACUUGAAACCUCAGUCUGCUAUGAAAUAACACUGAACUUUGGACACGCUCAUAAAGUCAUGGUUAUCAGAGGAUAAAAACCCACUAACUGAGCUAGUUGUAUUUUUUAAAAGUUGAUAUUUCAGUUGUGGAGACAUUGCAUGAAAAAGUAGGAGGAGGAGGAAGUGGCUUUUUAUUUGAUCCUGUUUUGGAAGAUUGAAGACAGGCUGCUAGGGAGGAACUCGCUCUGGAAAACCAACCUCCACAGUCAAAUAUUAGUACUGGGUUAACUGUUCUAACCACUGGGAAUGAUUAUUGUAUAUUGCAGACAUUUGUCACUUUGGUUUCUUAUCAAAAUACUUUCAAUGUUUAAGAUUUCCAACAGUUUAAACUACUUUUUCAAGGGUUACUCAACAUUCCUGCAAAUAUAAUAACACAUUUCAGCAGUGUCCAUGAAUAAUAACAACAGCAUCAAAGUUCAGUGUUUAAGAACACUUUUGGUCACUUGGCCUCCUUUUAGAAACAAACAAAUAGAUUAACAAACAAACAUAAACAAACAAACAUGAACAAAAUCUGUUCCCAGUUUUAUCUGAUAUUUAGUUUGUUUCUGUCAAGCUUCAGUAACUUUUACAUCCUGGUUCCAUCUAGAUUUACAUAAAUGACACAGCUUACCAUGAAACAUGGCUGUGCUCACCCACAGAUGAGAUGAUCAGAAGAUAAAAAAAAGUUGAAUGUGACUAACCCCACUGUGUGAUCUCUGACCCAUUUAAACAGGCCCUUCUUGUUUUUACAGAUUUUCCAUGACACAGGUCCUUUGCUUCUGCUUUUAAACCAUUAGCCUUUAAGCUUUAGAGCAUAACUCACUUCCUCAUGAAACUGUUGUCAUGGAGAAGUAAUAGUCAGCCCCUCCUUCAGGCCGGGCCUUGCAACUUUUGCUUGUUUCCUUUGUGCUCAAUCUAACUUGUGUUCCUGACUUCUGAUCACAAUGAAAGCAGAAGAGAAAAUAGGCACCAACUGUUUUUUUGGUUUCGUCUAACUUUGCCUCUCAUGCUGCAUUUUCAAACCCCUUUCUUUUGAUUCUGUCUCUUACAGAUCCACAAGCAGGCCCCACCUCUAGAAGACAUACCAGGGGACUGCAGCCUGGCUAUCCGCUCUUUUUUGGAGCGAUCUCUGGAGAGGAACCCUGCUCUGCGGGGCUCAGCCUCUGAACUUUUAAAGGAUGAUGCCAUCAACCCAUCGAGGGAAGAUCAACCUCGCUGCUGGAGCCUGGACUCAGCCUUGGAGGAGGCCAACCACACCAUGCUGCGGCAGCACAGCCAGCACCCCGACACCACGCAAGGUAAGGAUUAGUACAAUCAGUUUGGUUCUGGAAAUCAUGCCAAGUCUCUUUAAGGUAAAUGUGUUCUGGUCUGUCUCUCUGCAGAGUCUUCCCUGUACUCUGAGGACUCUGGUAAUAUGAGGAGGAAGGGCUCUUUGUACAUCGACCUAGGGGCCUUGUCAGGUCACUGUAAAGUGGUGACAGGCCCUCCCACCUCUGAAUAUGGCUUGUGUCGGACAUGAUGAGAGAUCCUUGGACCAACAUUGGGGUAUGGCUUCCUUUCCAUUACCCAAGGGCUGAUCGACAAUUUCUGGAGGCUCUCAGGUUGUUGAUGAAGUGGCUCAUUGAAGGACCUACACCUUUUUGCUGGAAAAGGCACUGCUGCAGGACAGUGGAAGGUAGAAAUGCAUUGUGUAUCUAUAUAUGUUAGGAUGAGAUAUCAUGAAUGUAUAUGCUCUGUUUUAUUGUGGUCAGUCAAAUCCAGUAUCUGGUGUUCUUUCUCAUAAAACCGUGACGCACAAUCCUAGAUAUUAUUUAAGCACUAAAGUAUGUAAGCUACUCCAUAAAGUAUGUAUGCACCAUGCAGACAGGUGGGAUUUGUAGUUCUAUUUGGACUUCCUCUUGUUAAUUCCUGUGGAAUUUCAUUAGUACCAUGUUUCUGUUAAAGUGCAGCUUCUGUGGAAUGUAUGCGAUUUAAUUUCUAUUCUGUACAUCCUGUGACAUGUGGUCUGCUGUGCUUCUUCGAGCCUGACACAAAGUUAGGAAACCAAAAGAAAAACAGAAUUUGGAAAGUUCACUAAUCACUGAUGAGUACAGAAAAUUAGAAAUGCUGAAUAUUUGGUAUUAACAUGUGUUUAAGCUGUUUUAAUGCACAGCUGCCUGCUCAGCUGCACACUCUGCUACAGGGACUGCAUACUGCUGUGUGUUGUGGCCUAUGGUGUUAAUUUGACAAAGUGUGAUUGAAAAUCACAGUAAGCAUUGCUGUCUUCAUAGAUUCUGUGUCCUAUGAUCCAAGUUUACAUAUUAAACACAAAAGGUUCAAAUUGGCCCAAACCAGUUCAACUUUUUUUUUUAAAGGACCUUUGUUGUGUCAUUUCCUCACCAUUAAUUGUAAAGCUAAAUUUUUGUGCUGUAAAACAAUUGAAAAUGUUUAAUCAGAUUAAUCAUGAUGGUGGAUUAAUCUCUGCCAAUUUUACAGCCCCUCUAGGUUUAUCAACUUUCGAAUAUAUUGUGAUUUAUUCUAUUACACCUAAUUCCCAAACUAUUUAAAAAAAAAACUGUAAAAUUAAAAGGACAUAUGUAUCGCUGAUGUUUUUGACUUUCUUCGUGUAACUCAGUGGUUUAGAUGUGUCUGCAAAGAUCUGGUGUUUGAUAGGGAAAUGGCAGUCCUUCCCACUGAUGGGUUUUCAUGGACAGAGCAAAAUGAUUGUUGUCUGUUGGUGAGGAAACGUGUUUCUGAGAGUGGGUGGGGGACAGUAGAGUUCCCCUUCUCUUCCUUUCCCUUCACACACAGGGCUGAUCCAGCCUUUGCAGUAGUUGCUCCUAACUUGGGCAACAGCGUGUCACCUCAUAUUAAAUUUGCCUCCAGUGUUGAAUAAUUAAUAACCUUACUGAAGAACCGUCCUUUGUCUGUGGCUUUCACCUCCAGCUAAAAAACAUUGUUAUCCUGACAUUUUAACCAUUAAAAGAAACAAAAAUAUGUUUUCUUGCUUUUCUUGUUUUCCUGUUUUGACUUCAUAAGCCACUUUGGUCAACAUUGGUUGUUUCUAAAUGUGCUAUAUAAAUAAAGGUUGACUCGACUUUCUGUUGAAGCAAACAAAAAAUAAAGACCCAUGUAACCAAUGGAACAUAAAGCCUUUCUCUGUACUGUGUUCACAGUCUAUACUCUGACCAUUGACCUUACUGCUCUACAUGCUUACAGAGUGUAUUGAAAUGCUCACAAAAUCAUGUUUAAAAAAGGUUAUUAAAGCAAGUUGGACUUUUUACAUAGUCAUUUGUUUGUAAUUCCAUAGACGGAGCAUUACUGAAGCUAAUGUGAAUGCCAGUUAUGCAUUUAAAAAUAAACAUUGAAAUGAUUUAAAUUA